UAUACACCAACAAAAACAAUUAUUGGAUACAGUUAUUGAAUCACCAGUAAAAUCAUAUGUUUUACCAAUAAAUCAUAAUCAUACGAUGAAAUAUCAUACUUUAAGUACAAGUACGAUUGCAGAAUCUGAAGGAAAAAAAUCAUCGUUUACAAUUUAUGCAGAUAUUAUGGACUUUAAACAUGAAAAGUUGGAAGCUGAGUUACUCUCUGCACGUCGUGAAUUAGAAGGUGUCCAAACCGCUUUACAUCAACAAACACAACGUUGUCGAGAAUUAGUCACAGAAUUUAGCAAAAAAUUACAAUCAAAAGAAAUUCAAAUUCAUUCGGAACGCCAACUACGUGAUCAACAGCUAACAAAAGUAUUACGUGCAUUAUUGUUAUUCGAAGCACGUUUAGUCAAAGAACAAAAACAUAUACGACAACAAUUACAAGAGAAAGAUACAAUUAUUUAUAAUCAACAAUUACAAAUUAAAAAGCUAGAAGAACCAAGUACCGUAUGUCAACAAUGUUGUAAAAAUAAUAGUCCACAAAGUUCCUCAUCCACGCAAGAAUCAAGUUUAAGUAGUUUAGAAACCACACAUAAUGAUUAUAACAAUUGGUCACAUUGUGCCAUAUUAUUACCCCCCACAAUAUUAGAUAGUAGUUCAUCUGAUGUUUAUGCAUCAAUAUCAGAAAAUGAUUAUAAAAAUGGGGAUCAAUUAUCCGUUUCCAGUGAAGAUACCAAUUGUAUACGACGACCUUUCAAUACGAACUUUGAACGAAAGAACUCAUUUAUUAAAAAUAAACAAAACUUUACAAAAAAUGAUUUAAAGCGAAUGAAAAAAUAUUCAUCGAAUCGUUUAAAAAAGGAUACUACAAAUUCAUCAUCCUCGGGAACGUAUUAUGACGUUAUCAAGCGUGUAAAUCGGAACGAAUUAGCUGAUAGUAGUUCAAAUGAUGACGAAAUUAAAGAGAAAACGUUAACGGAUAACAUUAAUGAUGUAUCAAAACGAAUUGAGAAUGUUUUCGAAGAAACAAAAGAUACAUUGCGAUUAUCACAAAGUUAUUCCGAACGUAUUGAAAAUUUACAUGGUAUCAAACGGGUUUCAUCCGAAAAUAAUCGUAACGGAAGUGUUACGGAUGAACUGUACACGAGUUCAUCAUUUUCAGGUGAUAGUUCCACCACAACAAGUACAAAUUAUUGUUCUACGGGGGAUAUACGUGGUAGUUACGAACCAAAUGGUAAUUUUAACUGUUAUUCCAGUACGAAAAGUGAUUCAGAGAUGACUACAACUAGUAAAAAUAAUAUCGAUGAUGGUUUCGCCGAAGGAGAUAUUGAAAUCUUCGAAUUAAAUGACGAAGAACAAGAUAAUUUAUCAAAAGAUAGUAAUAUAGUUUUUGUCUUUGAUAAUAAUAAAACACAAACGGACGAAACGGAGAAUAAUUGGUAUGCGUAUGCAAGUGAUCAAGAGGAUGAUCAAAAAUGUGAUAUUUAUAAGGAUAAUCCAGUUUUGGAAUGUAUGAAUCAAAUAUUGUUACAAAAUAUUAAUGAUUCCAUUCAUUCUCCUCCAAAAAGUCCAAUACCAACGAGUAAUAACACAACUUUAACUAAAUCGAAAAGUCCGAAGCGAGUUAAAUUCUUAGAUGAUGGUGGCAAAAUUGAAGUAGCAUCCUCUAGUGAGAAAGAUGAAACUUCCAAUAAAAGUUCACAAGAUGAUUACUACGAAACACCUAUCCAAAAUGUUGCAAAUGUUUACGAGGUACCACAAAGUAUUUACAGCAAUGAUUAUGAGCAAAUUUUGAUUAAUCGUAAUGAUAAUGCAGCUACAACAAAAUGGUCGAAAUCGGAAAAUUUACAAGAGAAAGAAAUAAAUCGAAUGUCCUCUCAAAAAUUAUAUGUAAUUAAAAAUAUCGAAUUAAACGAAACCGAUAAUGAUUAUUAUUAUGUUGAUAUGGAUGCAAAAUCUGAUUCAAAUACAAGUCAACCCACAGGAGUUCAACAACCUGGAUCUGUACGAAAAUAUCCACGUACUCCUCCAGCUCUGCCUCCAAAACCAGCUAAUUUAGUAUCAAAAUACAAAAUACAUGGUAAACCAUUAACAGCUGAGAAUUUGUCCAUAAUGAAUAGUAAAAACGUCGAACAACGUGGUGAAGAGCCGGAUUAUUGUUCAAUAUCAGAAUUAAAUAUGGCUGGUAUCGAAAGUCAUCAUCAUCCAGUUGUAAAUACUUCUUCGAAUAUUGUAGAAGUGUCUGAUGUACAAAAUGGUUCAUCGUUGUAUGAUCAAAUUAUUGGCAAUGCACCAAAUAUUGUUAGUAAAUGUUCCACACCAUUACGAACCGAAAAAAAUCCAACUCCUUCACCACGACAAUCUAGUGAAAAAAAGAAAAAUGAACCUGAAAUACCAAAAUUACCUCAAGUCUCAGAAAUAAUUAUACCAAGUGAAUCAUCGGAUACCGAAUCCAAAGAUGAAAAUUUAAGUGUAACCCAUGACAACUACAUAAAAAAUAAUUCGCAGCUAUUUAAGAAGAAAAAUGAACAAAAAUACAAAACUCCAAUUGUUAUGGGGACUUCCGUUAGUAGCCUAAUCACAGGAUUCAAUAAACAACACAUUAUGGCUGAAUUAAAUAGUAAAGUUUUAUCAAAUACAAAUACUAGUAGUAAUUUAAAGAAAAGUCCACGAAAAUCUUGUAGUAAUUUGUUUACAAAUUUUGAUUUAAAUCAAAAUUGUGAUAAACAAAUUGAUAACCAUCAGAUUAGUAAAUCCACAUCUGAUAUUCCUCUUAGUUUUGAAAAAUUUGAUUUAAGUCAAAAUUUUGAGGAGUUUAAUUUAGAUGAUUGUGAAAUUACUGAAGAAUAUCGUAUUGAUGAUUUGUGUAACGACAGUGAACCACCAUCACCAACAAAAUCACCACCAAAAUGUACAUUAUCACCAAAAAAAUCCGCUUCACCAACAUCAAAUGUUAAAAAAACAAUUAAAUAUAAAAAGAAUGAGGUUUUAUCAACCACAUCGCCAUUAAUACCAACACAACAAACAACAGUAUUACCAACACAACAAAAUAAUAAUAAAAAUAUAACAAAUGUUCCUAAAACAAAUAAAAAUUCAGUAAUACCACAUCAAACGUUAUUAACAUAUGAAAAUCAACAGCCAAACUAUGAACAUUUUUUAGAAUGUACGGGUUUAAGUUCAAAAUCAAUUUUAACACCAAGUCGUUUAUUAAGUAAUCAUAAGUCAAUGUUAAAACCGAAAGAUGUUAAAUUACGUAAUAAAGUUAGAACGUAUGCAACUGUUGAAAAACAACAGAAUGGUAAUACAAUUAAAUAUUAUUCGGAGCCAUAUUUAUAAAAUAUUUACUUGUAAUUUGUAUAGAAUAAUUCAAUGAAAUUUUGCCGUUUCUUUUCUAAAAUAUACUACAUAAAUAUGUUUCUUUGUACUGACAUUGUACAAAGUUUCAGUAGCUGGCGAUAAAAAAGAUUAUAAAUUUCCAUUAUACUGAGAAGUUUUUUUCCUCCAAAAGGCUACAGACCUCGAAAAGUGGCUCUGCACGUUAUGUUUCUAUUUUGUUUAAACAAAUUCUUGUAUCUUCAAACUGUUAUCGGUUAUAUAAAAUAAAUAGCGAUUAAGAUAUCAAAAUAUAGAAUUUUAUUAAGAAUUUUCAAAAAAUGAUACAAGUCUGUCGCUGGUUGCUGCAAUGGUGUACGAUGUCAAAAAAUAUAAGUGUAAAACUUCCAUCAAAUUUAAGCUCUGAGGAUUAAUCAGGUCUUUGAAUAGAGUGAGAAAGAAAAAAUAUUAUACUUUUUUUAUACUCCAACCCAAGUCUAUAACGUACGAGGUUGCGUUGAAGUCAGUAAUUUCGUUUAUUGGGCACAAACUUGACUUAUGUCAGUUGAAAUAAAACCUAUAAAGUGCAGUCAAGGACUGUGUGACAUUUCAUAGCGCAACUAUAUUACUUCUUCUCUUACUUAAGCCCAUAAAAGUAGCUUUGUAUGUUUUU